AUGAAACCAGCCCAGCACACGCUUUUUCGAGAUCAAGUGAGCACACUUGUGGAGUGGUUUGCAAACUGGAAUGAAUGUGAACAGACAAUUGCGUUAUACACUCUGCUCAAACGAAUUUCCACCAUUCAGGCACGAUUUCUGUCUUUGAUAUUGGAGCACACGUUUCGCGACGAUUCCCGUGAAGUUCAAAUGAUGCAAUGGCGCGCAAACGACAAAGGUAAACUGUAUGGCUCACGUGGGGGCGUUUUUUGUUUUGUUUACUACGACUUAGUUUGUACAAUUGUAGCGUAAUAUUCCUGGGAUAAUUUACUCGAUGACGAAAAGUCUGUCAAAGGCGCGAAAGAAAUCACCCUUUACCAUUAACACGCUAUCGUGAAAUUCAAUGUCUUUCUUUUCGAUCGCCUCUUGAAUGCAACUAAAUUAAAUACGCAAACACUUUUUGCAUGUAUUUCUCACGUAUUUCAUUUUAUACAACAGUGGCUAUUUUCAAAAUUUCCGGUUCAGUUUGGAACGAAAAAGGGCAGUUUUCUUUUCCGCGGUCAACUCUAAACAAUAACUCAUCAAGUUGUUUUCUUUCCUUGUUCAUCCUAAAAAAGUAAACGCAAUAAUUUUUUGUUAGGCUUUUGAUGGACUGCUGCUAAAUAUAACGUUUACAACAUAAGGUAAGAAUUAUUCCACUUUCAAAAUAAUAAAACUGAAAAGAAGAAAAAAACACAAAAAAGGUUAGACGAAAUAAUAAUGAAAAAGUCAAAUCAACAGAGCUCAAAACAAUAGCAAAAAGUACGGCAUAUUUGUCACCAUGUAUUCACUAAAUUACCUGAGAAUGUGAUAAUUUUCUAAGAUACUAGAACGGAUUAAAUUAAGGCAUCAGUCAACUUCAGUUGUGACGAUCCCCCACCCCUCAAGGCACCUGCAGAACAUUUGCAUGCCUUUUUAGUCUCGGGAGGGAAGGGGGGAGGGGGUGGGGGUGGAAAAGCAAAUUUAGAACAGUCCAGGGUUUAGGGGUUUGCUUUGCCUAGACCCUGGGGCUUUUCACACAUCCAUGGUUUCUGACUCAAAAACCAAACAUGGACUACCGUAAAAUUCUGAAAAUAAGCCCCUCCAUGUAUAAGCUGCUCCAAAUAUAAGCCCCCCAAACCGGUGACGCAAAAAAACCCUCCAUUAAAUCUUCCCUCCAGGGGGGGCUUUACUUUGAAAAUUUCCCUCAAACACAAAGUACAACAAAAAAACCCGGUAAAUUUACUUCCAACUAUAAGGCUAGCCCAAUCAAUUUUGAAAUGCAAAUUUCUCUCUGUAGAUAAGCCCCUCAAAAAGGGCCUUUGAAAAAUAUAAGCCCCGGGGCUUAUUUUCGGAAUUUUACGGUAUUAUAUUGGAUAGGACCACUGAAUAUUGACUUGUCUGUCAAGGACCUGGAUAAACUUGUUUGGAUUCUUUGAAGUUAUGAUUUCUCGAUUUUAUGCAUUUCCUUGUUUCUUAUCGAGCCUCAACUUUAAGCAAUCACUGUGUAUAGCGAAAACUGGCUAAGUGUUGAUUGGAGACAAGCCUGGGGAAGGAGCCUUUGUCAUAUUCCUUCUUCUACACCACAGGGAUUUGGCAGCUCAAGUGGCUCCGCUUGACUAUUAAAAACAAAUAAGUGGCUCCAUCCCUGGGAAUUUGACAUCCAUCAAAAAAAUAUUAGAAAUGCCUGUGGGUCACCCUGGGGUAAAAAUGCAGCUGGAAUUUACUAAUGUAUUGAUAUAAAAAUGAAUAUUUGUGUAAAAUACAGUUUUAAGUCCCUAUAGCAGGAUUGCAAAUAAUAUUUGCCUUCCAGGAAGGACACAAGUGUGACAAACUUGUAAUUAUUUUCCGACAAACCAAAAUAGCUGUUGAGCAUUCAUUUCAUUGAUUUUUAAUUUCUGUUCAGAGUCGGAGUCUGAGUUGUAAGCAGAGUUGUAAGAGUGAUUAUGACCCAGUGAAAAUAAAAAAUCGGCGUCGUAAGUGAAGUCAUAAGCGCGACAGAAUCAGAGUCAGAAGAAUCAGAAUGUUUCUGUUUCUUCCGACUCCUGCUUAAGACUCUGUCGUUAAAUUCCAGUUAUGAUCUAGUGAACACCAGAUUGUCGGAGUCAGAAGCACAAGCGAAAGGAUAAACCAGUCACAAUGCUGGUUCCCAUGCUUUGCGAUUGGUUUAGUCUUCCCCUUCUGCUUCUGACUCCAACAAUCUGGUUUUCACUAGAUCAUAACUGGAAUGUGAGCGAUGGAGUCAUAAGUGGAGUCAGAAUGCUGUUUUCACUAGAUCGUAAGCUCUACGCCUCUGAUUACUACUCCGACUCUGUGGCUAGUGAAAACCAGCCUCUAGCUUCACAAUGAUGGUCAUUAACGUUUGAUUUGUCUGGUCUGACAUCAUGUCCGACUGGAGGUAGGACUUUGUCCGAUGACCAACUGUAAUUUUAAUCUUAUGUCUCAAGUCUAAAUGCCUUUCAUUUACAUGUAUUGUAAAGAAAGCCAUGUCUCUGUCAGCAUUCUACAUUUCUGCUGGUGGUUAUCUUCUCUGUCACAAAUUAAAUCCAUCUUUGUGACAUUUUAUUAUCAUUUCACUUGCACUGUGUCUCUGUUUUGAAGUUGGCGGGGUCCUCCCUGUAAUGCCUACACAGAGAGUCUCCACCCAAAAGAGGUACCUUUGUCAGGCAUCAGAUACAUAAAAGGGUAGGGAAUUCACUGGUUGAAGUAUAUAAAAAGGGUUGGGUAAUGUCAUUUCAGUCUGUAGAAGUACCUAAAAGCGAAGAAAACUUGCUGGUUUGAUGAUUUAAGACAGUGCAUUUACAGCAGUUAAAAGGGAUGUAGCAUUCUAAAUUUGUGGAAGGGGUAACUUGCUUUUGCCUGUCUAAAAUCUUAUGUAAUGGAGCCUUGUUGAGUGCCUCCUCCACCAUGUCACUUGUCAAAAAUUGUGGUCUAAACAAUAUCAGGGCUUCAUGUAGGUGAAGGGCUUUGUUCAUUCAAUUUGGAGAGGAUAUGAUGUGUUUUAGUUACAGGGGUGGAGGGUGGAGUACAAUUUGUUCAAGAAAACUAAAGGUUUCUUUGUUGUUUUUUUUCAAUAUUUCAAAUUUGAAGGUAGGGACGGGGGGGGUACAUUAAUGAGUCUUUAUACAGAGAGUCAAAAGAUUAAGUUGCUGUAUUGCUUGAAUGCUGUUUCCUAUUUUAAGGAGAAGUAUUGCUACUGACCUAAAAAGCCAUCUAAACAGAAUAAUCUGGAAUGAUAUUGUUCUUAAAUAAGUUAAUUGAAUUGAGGGAUUGGAUUUGAAUAGUGUAUAGUAUAUACCGUUCGUAGUUAUAAAUUUUUACUUUUUCUUGUCUUGGCCUUCAGAGUGAUGCUAUUGUUAAAAUGAGUUGGAAAAAAGGGGAAAAUAGCUGGUUGUGGAAUUUAUCCACAGAAUCAAACUGCAAGAUCUACAGCUUAUAUUGAGUGCAAAUUAUUUUUAUUCAGUGAACAAAUGAUAUUAAUUUACAUUACCAUUGUGUCUGCUGAAAGAAGAUCUUGAAUAGUGGUUUUGUUUUGAAAAGAUAAGUUUGAUUUAAUAGUUUAAACAGUGCUCUUUGUAGUCUGGUUUUAAAACAGGUUCUGGUUAGGGAUUUGUCAUAAAUACCUGAAAUUUACAGUGUGUCAUAAACUUUGAAUAUUAUAUAUUCUUUGUGAACCUGCAUUUAAGUAUAAACACCUUUGAAAGUUUGAAAUCUUAUCAAUAUUGUGCGCCAGGUAUAGCCUUCUGGAAUAUUCCAUAGUAGCGCGGUAACUUUAAUUUCUUCGUCAGUGAACUUGGUAAUUGUUAAUCUGCCUAAACAUCAGACAAAAACAUAACAAUGGAGCUUAGUUGAAUAUAACACAAGUUAAUAGACUAAUUUAUGCACAGUUAGUUGUUAGUCAUACCUGCUAGUUAAAUGCCUGUCUGGUUUUUUGUUGUCCAUUUUUGAAUAAUGCAUCAUGUGCAUUCAAUCUCUCCAUUUAAUUGUUUAAUUUUGUCUUGUUAUUUUGGCCAAGACCAUGUGCACAUGGCUGAAUUCUUCUGUGAAGGGUUUAAUGAAAAAUGUGUAAAUAUUUAUUCUGACCACGUGGUAAAAGUACUUGAAGUUAUUUCUUUAAUAGAUGUCAUGUUUUCAUUCAUUUGAUUUUCAACAAUAUCGAAGUUUUGUAACAUUUUGUUUAGAAAUGUGUUUAAGUUAAAAUUGCAGUUACAGUAAGUAGUAAGUAGGUAUUUGUAAUUUAUUUGAAGUUUCAAAUAAUGUCACAUUGUAUUUCAGGGGGUAAGCAAGUAAUAAAAUUUGCCAAUAUGAGUAAUCAUGGUCAAGUUAAAAAUGAGACCGUGAUUUAAUAGUCGUGCAAAAUAUUAAGGUUAAGAUUUGAUAAGAUUUACGACACCAUUGUUUGCUGUGAGGAUAUCUAUGGUUGCUACUGCAUCCAAAAUGUAACAGUGAUCACUUCCUCCCAUAAUUUGCCAUUAGAUGUAAAUGUUUAGGUUAAAUGUUCUUCAUUUUCUGUUGUCUGGAAUAAACAAACUCCACUAUGAUUUACAAAUUUUUUUUCACCUGUUUGCCCCCUGAAAUACCACAUGACAUUGCUUUUACCCCAUUGAUCCUUAAGCAAGGGCAAAGAUGGCAGGUGUCCUAAAUAAACUCUAUUAAAAGCCAAACUGAAAGCUGAGGAAGGAAAACAAAGCUGCUGUUGCAAAUUGCACACCAUUUAAUUAAAGAUUAUUUAAAAAAUUAUUUUUUAUGAUCUUAGAAUAGGUUUAUGUUUGGGUAUUUAUAGAACAGAUAGAUGACUUUUUACCAGAAAUAUUGUCACUGCACCUAUCUCUUGGUUUUUGCUUUGUACAUUUGCAUCAGUCAAGACAAAUGUUUUCCUUUCAGAGGGUACAAAUUGCUGAAUUAAGAAACCUUUUAAUUCUCUAAGUACUGGUAGUUUAGUGAACACUGUCCCACUCCGAAGACCAGUGAAAAGUAAGCUUAGCCCUAAUCAUUACUAUUUAUGACUAUGAAUAAUUUUGGUGAGGAGACAACAAGAAUUGAUGAGAUUCGUUUGACAAAUAAUUAGGGGUAGCAGACAAAGGAAACUGAAAAUUAAAAAAUAUAGAUAUAUAUAUAUAUAUAUAUAUAUAUAUAUAUAUAUACUGGGUUGAAACAGACAAAGAUUUGGUAAAUUCUUUCACAGAAAAUUAAAAAUAUAGAUAUAUAUAUAUAUAUAUUUCAAUAUAUAUAUAAAAUAUUGCUGGAUAUUCUGAAACACAUUUCCGCUUAAAUAAAAGGCAAGAAGGUUAGCAUGUGAUACUGGUUAAGAAAAAAGUCAACAUGAAGUUGUCUGGGAUUUGUGAUUAAUUUUCAUUAUUAAUCAUGUGCUAAAGAAAAAUUUGUCUGGAUUUGUGAUUAAGGCGUGAGAAAUUAUUGUCUUUGAUGCAUGAGAUCAAUGUGUUAAGUUCACAUAUAUGAGACUUGUGCAUAUAAUGCGUGAGAGUUGGCCGUUAUAUCAAUUUUUGUUGGUAGUAAAGCAUAAGGGACAUCUGAUUAUUGAGUAAAUUGAUAACUUUUUUAAUGAUUUAUUAACCACACAAAAAUACAUGAGAUAAUAAAAUAAAAUAACUAAUUUACAGCUCCAAUAGCUAACAAUAACAACAACAAAAAAACACUAACAAUACAAAAUAAAUAAAUAAAUAACUAUAGUUCUUACAACAAUUCCUACUAAUCACUAAGGUCACUAAGAUGACAAUGACACUAUAUCACAUCUAUAGUUUCUUAGUACUUAAAUUGAUAAUUUUCUAAGUUGACCAAUGUUAUUACAUCUCUUUGCAGAGUUCUUAAGCAGUCUGUUACGCGAAAGCAAAGAUUUUGCUGUUAAACAGCUUUUGAUGCAUCUGCCAUUACUCAACCCACGGAAUGAUGAGGCAAGAUACCAAUAUCUUCAGUUACUCUCAAAGAUUCUUCACCAUACAGUAGAACACUCCAUUCACCAAGAAGAAUGUCGACAGCUCUUGUCACUCUCAGUAGUUCAUCCUGCUUUCCCUCCUGAGGAAAGGACAACACUUCACAGCUGGCUGAGCCAACUCGACAAGAGUCUUGGUGUUCAAGAGAGACUUCAUGUUACCAAUUCUUGUAUAUCAGAAAACUCUGAUGUGUUACCCAACACUGGCUGUGAGAAUCUUGUGAGGCAGAACUACAUGCGUAACAGGAUGAAUGGCUGGCGAAAUCAGCAACUUGUUCAUGUGGACUCUGGACUUGGUGGUUCGUUUGAAUCACCUCCAGUUCCAUCACCUCAUCUUUCAGUUUCAUCCUCUAUGAGGAAAAGCAGGUCAAAUUCACUCACCCCUCCACCCCCUGUUGAUGUUCAAGACUCCAUUAUAGAGGAUUAUGUGGAAACCAAUAAUAUUGAAAUACGUCCGGGCAGGUCCCAGUCUUUUCCGGUGGAUCCUCACAGAUUAAAUCACUCACUGUCACCUCAGUCAUCGCUUGAAAGUGAAUUUGAUGAAAAUGGAUGUCGGCAGAGAGGAGGCAGUUUUAAUGAAGAUGCACGUCCUGGCAUGAAAGGUUAGAUUGACUUGGUCGGUACCAAACUUUGAUUUCUUGCAACUCUACCCUUCCCAAAUGUACCACUAUGAAUGAGUUUGGUAGUAUCUUGACUCUUUUAUGAACUACUUGCUUAUUUCACUGGUUCUUUGUUGAUCUCAUCUACAGACCACCUCAAACAAAAUGACUCUGUGGGUGCAGUCACUGCUGGGUACUCCUUGGUAAUUUAUGUCUUCAUUUGUAAGUGCUUGAAAGAAUUAAAACUCUUUCUUCUGAAUUUCAGAUGUUGGAUCAUGGUUGAAGAAUCUAAGAUUGCACAAGUAUGGUAGUCUGUUUUCUCAACUCUCUUAUGAAGAAAUGCUUGGACUCAAUGAAGAAUACUUGGAAAGCAAGGUAAUUUGUCAUUUCAGGUAGUGUUCAAAGUGGCAAAGGUUUUCUUCUGAUAUCACCUUAAGGGGCUAUUUACAUGGCAUGAGGAGGAUCCUUGCACCAGGAAGAUCUUAGAAAGUGGAACAACUUUUUGUUGGGUUUACAUGAAGAAAUUUCAGUCUGUGUGGUUAUCAAGUAGAGAAGGAAUAAAACUUGGCAUGUGACAAAAACAAACAUGGAAUUUGGGGCCCUUCUGCUCUCUUUACUUGCGUUAGUAACUACCUUUCAGCAGCAACUGGCAGUUCAUCAGCUCUUGGGAACGCUAAACGAAAUUGUCAGCCUUUAUUUAGUGAUUACCCACUGAACGACCCAGUGCCAUUUUUGUCUGGUUUGUCCCCAGUUCUAGGAUAUUCCUAGCAAAAUCUGUUUACAUGGGGAUAGGACCUUUCGUUUUCUAGAAUCUUCCUACCUCUCACUCAGCCAGGAAGAUCCUACCGCUAGGGACAUGAACAACCCUUUGCAUGUACAGUUAACUCUCGCCUUGCGGACACCCUGUUAUAACGAGUACCCCGAUAAUAUGGACAGCAGCUACAUCCCAGGCAAAAAUAAAUUAUAGAUGUUUGACUGAAAAACAACUCCCACUUCUAUGGGCUCUGGCUAAUGAGGACACUGACUCAAGGUCCCUACAGUGUCUGCUCUAAAGGGAGUUGACUGUAAACUGAAUACCUAAAACAUGGUGCUAGGAUGAUUCACCUUCCGGGUUCUUUCCUCCUUAAUAAUUAUAAACAGUCCCUAAAUAAACAAGCAGUUUUAAAAAGCAGUGGAGUGGCAUAGCUAAAAAAAAUUAGAACUAUCCCUCUCUACAUGUAAAAUGGUGCUUGGAUCAUUUUGGUCCAGAAAAUUGGAGAUUAACACUAACCUUUAAAACUACCCUCAAAAUUUAAUUAUGUUCAUAUUUUUGUCUUGAAACGUUAAGGAACUUUUGAAUACAAAUGAAUUUGGGGAAUAAUCCAGCAAACUCAAAACGAAGGAGAAAGGAAGGAAGACUUCAGUUGACAGCAGGACUUAAAAAAGAAAAAUGAUGGAAAAAGCAAUUGCAGCCACUGCUGUAUUGUUUGCAGUAAAAACUGCUUAAGGUUGUCAGUAUUUUUUACUGGAAUUUUAUUUUUUUUUUAACAGGGCGUAACCAAAGGAGCUAGGAACAAGAUUCUGUUGAGUAUUAAAAAACUCUCAGAAAGAGGAGAAUCAUUGUCACGUCUGGAAAAGGUAACAUGAUUUUCACAGGAUUAAUUGAAGUCCAUGGUAACAGGCAGUUUCAAAAUUUAGUGUUAGCAGCAAGUUUUGUGCACACAUCUUUGAAUGAGCAUGUUGUUACGGUAAAUCCUCUCUUAAUUACACCCCCUCUCUCAAAUAAGCUCCCUCCUCUCUAAUAAGCCUCCCUUUUCAGGGGAAGAAAGUAAAUAGCAAAUUUUGGAUUCACUAUUAAUAUUAGCUGGCACAGUGUCAAAUUACCGUAAAUCCUCUAUUGAACUUCCAGGUGGUUUUGAGGGGGGGCUUAAUAGAGAUGGGGGGGGGGUUAUUUUAAAAUUUAGCAAAGAUGGUGGUAUCAAGUCUCCAUAAAGAACUACAAUGCAAAGUGGAAAGGCUCAAGUGCAAUAUUGUUUUGUUGCUGUUCCUUUUUUUUCCAGGAAGUGCUUCAACCUGGUAAACUACAAGGAGUAUUGAGUGGACUGAAAGAAAUAUUAAUCACACCGAUAAAACCAUUUAACCCUUCUUCUCCGGAGGCGGCACUCCAUGUGCCUUACCCACCAACACUGACAGCCGAUCAACCGGCUCCAAAUGUUCCCCCGCACCCUGACGAUUUAGCUUCUAGAAUAACAAGAGUUUUGGGUAAAGGUGAGUGGGUUAUCAAUGUUAGAGUUGAGCCACACUGGCCCUGCGAGCAAGCUCUCCAUUCCGAGUUUUAAGCGACAAGCAGUUUUUAACACAUGGAGUUGUUGAUGCAAUAACGAUGUCAAAAACUGUGAUCACUAGCAUAGUUAUCUUUCCCCCAUGGUUCUAAUAGGUAAUCAAAUGGUAGUCAUUUUUACUCGUGAACACACUUUAUACUUAUUCAUUAAAGCUUUGUUUUUUGUUGUUAUCUCAUUGAUCAGCUUGCACCCAGAUUCUUGUGUCAAGAGCAGAUGAGGAACACUGUAAUGCUUACCUUCUGCUUCUUGAUAGAGUUCUUAUGCUAGAGGUAAUGCUACUGACAAGGAUUUGAAUUUUUCUAUCCUAAACCAUGCUUCAUACAUUAUUGUUUACUCUUGCCUCUGUUGCUGUUUUUCCCAAAUUUUUAGUUUGAGGUCUUAAAAUUUGAAGGUAAUUUUGUACUUUGCAAUGUAAUGACUCAGAUAUUGUGAUACAGCUCAACUUUUUAACAGCAAAUACUGAGGAGGUGCUUCUAACAAAAAAGAAAAGAAGACAGUUACAUUAAAAAUGUUUUAGUGAAGAAUGAGGGUACUUUUAUGGAUUAAUUUUUUGUGUUUCCUGUCAAUGCAAGCAACUAUUAUUUGACUAUUAAAAUAUUCCGGUAAAUAAAACAUGACCCAAAGAGUAUGAAAUGGGACAUAAGAAUCUUGAAAUCUGGUUUCUCUGCCAGGCAUUUACACUUUCCCAGAAAGGAAGAAUUCAGUCAUGGAAACAAGAGUGUCAGAGACUGGUAAGACAACGCCGACCAUCACAUGAAAACCGACAAAGGGGGUAAGAUCCAGUGGUUAUGUGUUACUGAAUUUGUUGCUUGUUGUAUUGUUGGUUAUUGGGUGAAUUAGCAUAAUGAUGGCGGCGUGAUGUGUCUGUUUGCAUGUCCAUUUCAAAUUUGAAAUCCACAGUGAGAACUAUAAAAAGCGAUUAAAUGCCAACUGAAAAGUAUGACUUUUUACACUGACCUUUCAUGAUGUAGGUAAUUUGUUUUUCUUUUCGGCUGUUGUGAUAUGUUGUAAUCUACUUGGUAAUCUUUUGUAAUAGACAGUGCAAAAUACAGAAAAUCUGAAAUCUGAAUCUGGAUGACUUGUGGUGUUGUGUAAUUAAAUAGGUUGCCUCUGGAGAUGUUUUAUCGAGUCAGUCACGUGUGGUAUUGUUGAUUGAGUUACAUUUGUUGUUGUGUGAUGGAGAAGCUUACCUGUGGUAUAGUUGUUGGGUUACCUCCAGUGUAGCCUGCAAAAACAGUCAUCUCCCCCUACUUCUUACCGCUAAGGAUGUUUAGUAAGGAGGGACGUCUGCCCCUUCACCAACAGAAAUUCCAUGCUGAUGACGUAAAAUCUGUCCACAAUCUCGUCAGGAGCUCUGAGUGGUCGACGUAGUAGUUAUAUUGUUUUAGCUAUUCUUUACAAACAACAGUCAAAUAACAAACUGUCACAAGGUCAGAUGUAAAUGCGAUGAAUUUACUACAAAACGGGCAAUAUUUGUGAAAUACAUCCACUUUAGAAGAAGAAUUUGAGUUUCGCUGGAGCCAUAAUCUACCAGUAGAAACAUAAAAUCGAUAAAAUUGUACAAUCGGACUGAAAGGACUACUAGCUUAAUUAUGAAGACAUUUAUUUUUGUCAUCAGUAUGGAAUUUCUCUCACUGAAGCACAGACAUCCCUCCUGGGGAAAUGCUCCUAGCAUGGAGGAGCAAGGGGAGAUGGCUGUUUUUGCAGGCUACCUCCAGUGUUGUGUUGUUGAGUUGCUCACUUAAAAACACUAAUUGCUUUUAAGUGAAUCAGUGGAGUUUUUGUCAUUGUAUCUAAAUAUUGUUGCUAUUAUUCUUGGUGUAGGUGGUACAACAUGGGACAUAAUUCAGGGGACUCCAUUGGAGGGAACAUAGGACCUUCUGCAGGAUCAGGGGGCAUAAAUAAACGCCAUAGAGGCUCACCUCGUAAUGCUGCAAAGAAUUCUGCUGGUCAGCUUCGAAGUAGCAACAGUGCCGAGACACAAAUGCACUCUAAACCACGGCUGGUAAGCUGAAUCAAUGUUCACCUUUAUUUUUUUUGGUCAAUUUUUAUUAGAAUUGACGUUUUUUUUUCUUGAGUGAGGAAGAGAAAAACCUUUGAAGUCGACACAGCCCACACUUCUGCAAUAGUCAAUCUUGUUCGCCCCUUUCAAGCGCUCGCACUUGAGGUUGAUUGUGAGCUCAUUGAGUACGAGCAUCCGUUAUUAAUAAACUGCUGAAAAUAACCGAGCCAAUAUGCCAUGCAUUAGCCUGUGAAUAGGCUCUCUGUUUGAAGGGGAAUAAGGUGGAAUAGCGGUCCAAAUGUUUGUCACCAGGCUCUCACCCUCUCCCUUCCCUCUCCUCGCAAUUUUUUCAUGCUUUCCCCAAACAGAGAGCCUGUUCACAGGCUAGACACGCAUGCUCAACAGAGAUCUUACUUGAUUCAUACAGAUUCUCUUUCUCAAGUGUGCUAAAAUAGAGCGAGCAAAAGAAAGACUUUGCUGGUAGAGUGCAUUUUGAGUUACUAAUUGAUGUUGCUUUUCCGUUAGGUAAGAGCACAUGCUGUUGUUGGAAGAACAAAGUCACUUCCUGUUAAACCAACCCAACAGACAAGUGUUGUCUUACCACAGCAGCGUAUGUAGAUCUUCUUUAUAUUAGGAAGCUUAAGUACCCGUAACAGAGAUAACUUUGUCACUCAUCUUCUAAAUGGCUCUAUCAAGGUUCAGAAAAAGAAAGAAAAAUUUUUAUCUUGUGGUCGAGUCCCCUAUAAAAUGUGAAUUAGAAAAUUUCACAUCAUAGUAGUGUAGUGGUGGCAAAGAAAUGUACACCAAAAAGUGUUAUGAAAAGUUGUUGGUUUGCUAAUCCAAAAUUUGUUUUGUCAUGACAAAGAACCUGCUUUUGCAAGGGGCAAAUAUUUUGCAGCCAAAUCAGUCUAGCAACAAAUAACAAAUAACAAAUAUAACACAUAACUUAACUGCAAGUUUUUGGUUCGUGGUAUUUAGUAGCCUGCCUCGCAGACGUAAUAUUUUAACCCAAGAUCCUUGUUUUGGGUCCUCAAUAGAUUUAUCAAAUAACCAAAGUGUCUCGAAUUUCUGUUCAUCUUGAUUGGCAAAUCGACAUUGUCUUUUUUAACCGGCCAAUCAUGGCAUGUACUCAAAUCCUGGUACAUAGGUGGGGGCCUAUAGAACAAGGAUUUUGACACUGUUUGGCAGACAGACUCAGCCAGAGGUUUGUUUUGUCGGUGAUGCAGGCUAGAUAUUUAGCAACUAGUAUCUAUCAGUAAUGUCAUAAUUAUAAUAUUAUUAUUUAAACUAACUUAGUUGUUUUCUCUUUAGUUUCAGCUGACAUAGAGACCAUUGAUGAUGGCCUGGAGUCUCUCUGUCUCAGCGUUACAGAGCAUGCACUUUCUGGUUAGUGGUUUGGUAAAUUUAAUGACUGGUAAUAGAAAACAUACAUAAUAAUUAUUGUUGUUACAAUUCCAUGUUCAUCUUACUAGAGCCCUGUUCUCUCUGCGUUUUCCCUUUCACCCCCUCCCCCACCGUUUUCUCUCUUACUUCAUCAACUACAAACAGAAAACACAGCAAAAACGGCCUGCCACACAGGCCACCUAUAAUUUUUCAAGCAUAAUUUUCAUCACAAGUGACAACACUUUGAAACUGUUAAAAGAAAAGUGAUACAGUGGAACCUUGAAUAUUAUCAAGGUUUCACUGUAGCUUUAGGUUUUUUACUUUGUGCAAAAACUGAAAGAGUUACCCUAUCGAAAUAAAGGUUUCUAUCUGUCUAUGUAAAAAUCAUCCAAUUAUAGCCAGUGUUAAUUUACAUGUAAAAUUGUUCUAAUGUAGAGAUAAUUCAUCGUUUUGCAGAUUCAAUGGAGCGUUCAUUUGAGUACAAAUAGUCUGCAAAACCUUGGGAUAAAAGACCAAGUUGCUUUAAGAACAAGAUAUUGUAACCAUUGUUGAAUUCAGUUAUAACCAACCAUAGGAUUGUUGUCAAAUAUUUUGCAGCCAAGGGGUAAUAAAGUUAUAUAAAUGGGCCAUAAUUAUUGCAUCUUACAAACCUCAUAGAGGGUAAAUAUUGUUUUAUAGAAAGUUACAUCAAAGCUCGCAUGGUGGUAGCAAAAAGCCAAAAAAAAUUUGUGGACAAGUUUAAUUAUGAAUAAUUAUUAUUGUGUUGAUAAUAGUCUUAGUUUUGGUGCAAGACUACUCCAGUUGAUAGAAUUGUAGAGUAGUUUAUUUAAGCAGACAGUAUUAUGUUUAAAUUAAUGUUUUUUGUGUUUUGUACAUGCAUCGCAGUCAAAUAUUUUUACAAGACUUGCAUUCUUUCUUGAUUUGCCUUGGUUGAAUUAUCUUGUUGUUGUCUAUAAGGUUCUUUUGUUUUGUUACCGGUACUCACCUAAGAUAAUUUUGAAAUGUCAUGAUCUCCAACAUGACCUCACUGGCAAUUUUUUGUGCGACACAACGUUUGCAGCGUUGGUUAGACAGUUACACUCCUGCUGUUUAUGAAAUGUUCUAAUGUGUUUGUUAAACUUGUACAUAAGUUCUUCAUUCAGUACUCUGACUUUCUAUGGAGGUACUGAAAUUUAUUUUUUUGCAUCUUUUUUCAUUACGUUUUCACAGUUGCAUUACCUUGUUCCAUGCAGUUUAAAGUCAAAAAAAGAAUAUUGUUAAUAAUAAAUUAUUAUUGUUAUUUUAAGACAAGAGAAAGGCUUGCAUAGUUAUUUUCAUUAUGAUUGUGAUUGGUGGCUUAAACAGUUUCUGAACUCAUUUGUUAGUGUGUAAAUAGACUGUCAGCCCAGAUGGGAGGGCAGUAUAAACUAAGCCUCUGUUUUUGUAAGGAUUUUUGUGUUGUUAAUUUAAAUCAUUAUUUUUUCAGUCAUCAUAGCUUUUUCACCAAGUUUUGAAAAUCCCAAAAAAUAAAGAAUUCACUCUCAAGCUAUGUUAUAAUAUUAUAGCUGGAAAUUUUUUCCCAACACGCAUGCUCUCAUUGGUUACUUCAAGGUCACAUGAUGUCUAAUGAUAAAACUGUUUCCCACAGGCAACAUUGCAAAAUCUAUGACGUCAGAGGGUAACAGUGCGCUAUUAUCUGCAAAUGUUGACCAACUACCCCCGUUACAGCGAGGUGUAAUGACUUUCCAGCUUUGAAACUAUUUCCAGCUAUAUAACAGCUCUGACUCGGGAAACAAAAUUAAUUGUUUCCCGAGGGACCAGUCAUUAAGAGUUUAUUAUUAUACACACAACUGCACUACCAAAGCUUUCACUUGGGUUGGGUACCGAUAUCAAGGUGAUGCAAUGGGAAGUAGAUUUCAGGGAGGGGAUCCAGUAUUUAAAAAGUCUGGGACACAAAUUGAUGCAAAUAAGGUCUACUUUGUUAUUGUCUGGACUCGUUCCUUUUUAAUAAACUUUCAUCUCUGGCUAUAAAUUUUUGUACCACAAAAGCUACCGGUACUUUUCUCUUAAACUUGAACAACUUUUGUUGUGUCUUUUCUGUGUGAAAAGAAAGUUACAAGUACCAGGUUAACUGCCAAAAUUGAACUUUCUAUUUGAUAAAUUAAACAGGUUAUUUAUGCUUUUAUCUAUUUCUUUGAUCUUGUGCCAAAAUAGAACCUAAUUUUGUGUUGUCCAAUCUUUAAUGUGGUUAUUUAUUCUUACAGUUGUAAUUGUUUACUUCUGAAACUUUCAAGCAACACUGCAUUGUUGUAAUUAGUUAGAACUUUGAAAAUACAAUCAAAGUGAUCAUCAGUAACUAGUAAGUUUCUUAGCGAAAACCAUGCUAUGGAUUUGUUGCCACAAUCAUCCAAGAAUCACUUUGGCCUUCCAACAGUUUUUGUCAUAAUUUUAUCACUCACUAGAAUUAAGCAGUUGAUGUAGAACUAACAACCUUCAGACCACUUUCAGCUUUCAGUGUGUAGUUCUAAUAAUAAGAAACUUGUGAAAAGACUUAUAAUCGGCUCAUUUCCAUUAUAUUAUAUUAUUUCUGUUUUGGAGCUUAGUAAGGUAACACAUUUUCCCCCUGUAGGCAGUUUAUAAAUCAGUAACACAUUUACUUAUAACUCUAAUGUACUUGUUAUUUAUUUAAGAGUUUGAAUUCUUUGAAGUAUAUAUUCAUAACAGUAUUAUUAUUAUUAAUGAACACAGAAAGCAAUGUUAUCUUGAGAAUUAAGAUUUUUAUCAAAGGCGGCCCAUUGAGUCGUCUUUUCUUGGACUCCUUUUGCAAUCUAGGUGUUGACUUGAAUGUCAUGCUUACCUGAUUGUACAAACCAAUAGCAAUAUUGUCGUUGUGUGAUGCGCCGGUGAUUAUUUCAUACAGGUUAUUGCUUUUAUACAAAGCAUGUAAAGUUUGAAACUGUACAAGGCUUUUCUAAGGUGCGCAAUAACAACGGCAGAUUUUGCUAACACUGGUGGAAGUUAUCUAGACCAAAAAUGCUGGCAUUUUAAAAAAGACCUUUCAUUUUUUAGUCAAACUAAUGCUGGUCAUAAAUUACUGUAAUGAAAGAACAAAUCGCAUAAUCAAGUGUAUCCAGUUUAGCAAUUUGAUUUGACCCACCGUCAAAAUGCAUGCCUGAAACUCUGCCAAGCUGUUAAGUUAAGGAGAAAAAAUUUUGAAUGAGCAUUAUAAUAAUUAUUGGAUUUUAGCAGAAAAUAACAUUACUAGGAAACACAUAAAGCACUUUGGGGAACUAAAUUUUUUGUCUUAAAAAAUUAAUAUCAGAAGCACAACCAACCCUUCUUGGAUUGUAUACACGACAGCCCACUUUCACAUAGAAUUUUUACAGAGACUGUCUAAAUCCUUGUUAAGUUGCUUAAACUUAGUGCUGGUGGAAGUAAUGCACAUUGGUUGGACUAAUCAAAGUCUUUAUGUAAUAACCUCUAUGUGCUCUAGACAACAGCAGUUAUGUCCAAGUUUACAUUGUAUGCUUGCAACCGGCCCCUGUAGAACAAACUCUGACUUUUCAUAACAUGCAAUAUUUUGGUAAUGUAAUUUCUUAGUUAAUGGCAACAGUCAAGUUUGCAAAAAUAUUUAUUAAUUUUUUGUAAAGUUUUGUGAACAUGCUCCGUUUUUCUUUUCUAGCAGUUCAAUAUCUCAUAGAAAUUCAGCGACAUAAGUGUGGAUUUUGUUACAUUCAUGACUGCUGCUUAUUUAAGAGCUAAGGAGACAAUUGUGUUGAGAUCAGUCACCAGAAAGUUCUUACUCUGAGAUAGGUUUUGCAAUUUUCACUAAAUGUCAAAAUUCCUGUUUUUGUUAAUUAAACCCUAUUUAUUUUUUCUAUGAAAGUGAAAUUUGAUUAGAUUUCACCCUCGCAAAUGGGCAUUGCAAACGUGCGAAAACUCCAUUGGAAAGAUGAGUUGUGUUUACAUUUUUGUCUGCCAUUUUAACCUGAACUCAAAAAGCCAGCAUAAGCCAUUUGCAUGGACAAGAUCAAAGUUGUCCCAAAACCUUUUUCUCAGUGUUUGGUCAGUUGUUUGACCUUUAUGUAUUUUUAACUUAAAAUAAGUCUAAAUAUUGAAAACCAGUUCCAAGACGAAAUCUAUUUCUUUAAUCUGUUCAUGGUUGUCUUAUGCACAUCCAAACUUACCUAUACUGCACUAUAAAUGCCAAUGUAAUUUAUUAUUUAAAACAAUGUUAAGCCUUCUAGUUAUAUUAAUAAUUUUCAAAAUCGUUCAGGAAGUAACAGAUUGAAACUCAAGUUCUCCAUGUUCUUAACCUUGCUGUGCGAGUGUUGGGAGUGGAAUUCUACUAUAGUCAUGAUAAAAAUCUUGCGUUACUUCCAUUUAGUUAGUAGUUUAAGUGAAUUCAGAUUUCUAUAAAAGUUACAAAGUUAGUAAGAUUGUUAAGACCCUUUCCUUCCAAACAAUCAAGUAUUUUUUUUGCUGAAGCUUUCAAGAACACUUUUCCGAAGGCUUUUUAAAAAGGGUUUGACUGUGUUGUGAUUGCCUGGUAGGAAAGGGUCUACUUAUAACUUAGAGACCCUAUGGGUCAUAUUUUAUGACAAUGUGAACAGUCAAAACUAUUGUACUUAGUAGGGCACACCAGUCAAUAGGAAUCAAUAUUAUGGCCGCCUCCCAUGCUUCAGAAAUCUUCCCACCCUCUCCGAUGCCUCUUCCACUUUGAGCGCAUUCAAAAAUAAUGGUUUGGUUUUAUCAAACCAUUUCAGGCAUAAGAAUCAAACAGUCUGCCCUGUGCAUUCAGAAGAGCAACUCCUUGAAACCAGCAAGAAUCUUUUCGUAGGGCCCUUGAGUUGAUAAGCUGUAACUGUCCCAUUUGUCUUAACCCUUUAAACCCUAAUAUCAAAACUCAAAUUCUCAUUUGUUAUCCCUAUACGUUUUCAAUAGAAGUAGUAGGGAGAAUUUGUUGAAGUAUCAAUUAGAUUCAUCUUCUCUGAUCAUAUCCUCAAUUCUCAUGACCAUUGUUUUAUAAAGAAGUGAUAUUAAAAGGAGAAAUUUGAUGGUGAUCACUCUUAGGGUUUAAAGGGUUAACAAGGUGUGUCCUGUAGGUAUGCUGGUUAUGACCUCUGUUAUAACUGCUUAAAAGGAGACAUCUCCAGUGACUGUUGUAUACAAAUACGUUCACUUUAGUAUGCGUUUUGACUGGUGUUGACUUGUUGGUAAUUUGUGAUUAACUUGAAAGAUGCAGUGCCGUGGAAAAGAAAAUGUUAUAUAAGAUAGUACUACGUACAAUUAUUGUUAACUUUUUGCAGUAACUGCAAUAAACUGUUGUUAAAUGAAACCUGUUGUGUUAUUGUGUUCAAUCAGAGGGGCUAAUGCAAGUAAGUACAACUGAACCUCACUUAAGCUGCUACCCUCAAUUAAACCACCAGUGAUUGAAGG